AUGCUCACUUUCCUCAUGUCCCUGGCUGUGGUCGGCAGCGCGCUUGUACUGCAGGCCGAAGCGCAUCAGGUCGUGUAUAUUCCGUCGCCCACGUGGACGCGUGCGAACUCGACGGCCGCAGAGCGUCGUGAGCUUUGGAACCCGUUGGCGUUCCUCGAGAACCAAGGUUUCCAGACGCACCUGCGUGAUUUCAUGGACAACGCCAAGUACACGGUCACGGAAGGAGCCGACCAGGCCUGCGGAUGGACCGACCCCAAGGGCAUCGCCCAGCAGAUUCCAUCGGACGGAACCAUGCGUACGUCGGGCUACACCCACGACGGCCCCUGCGAGAUCUACAUGGGCGACAAGCUGGCGCUGUCGUAUCUGAACUGCCACGAGUCGAUCACGGACCAGACGUUCAAGCUGGACUACAGCGGAUGUGGCGAUAGCUGCACCUUGUACUGGUACUGGCUGGGCGUGCGCUUCCUCAACAACAAGUACUCGUGGCAGGUGUACAAGGAGUGCAUCCCCAUCUACUCGGGCUCGGGCGGUGGCGCAACGAUGACGACGAACCCGAACGGCAACUGA